GUUUGCAAAAUGGCGCCAUCCGGGGAUCUGAGGUCGGGGACACUGGAAUAAACAAAGUAAACAACGUAUACAAUAAUUUAGAGAACCUGGAAGUCUGAAUUGUAAAUUGUCCAAUGAAGCAUGAGAUUGGUCAUUGCAGUUUACAGACGAAUGCAUACACUGCCCAUUUGCAGUAUCACAUCAUGUGGAAAUCCACGCUCCGCAUCAAGUUGCUCCGAAGCUCCAACGAAGAACGGCCUGCAGUACAGAGAUGACCAGCUGGUCUGCGGUUCUAAUCGAGAAUUAGUACAGAGGCUCUGUGGACAGGUGGAGGUGAAGACGGAAUUCAUAAGUAAGGAAGAAGAGAACGCUCUUAUGAAAGAAAUCGAGCCUGGGCUAAGGAAGAAAAGAUACGAGUUCGACCACUGGGACGAUGCGAUUCAUGGUUACCGGGAGACUGAGCGUACUCAGUGGGGCGCGGUGUGUGAGGAAGUGCUGAGUCGCCUCAGAGAUGUGGCGUUCCCUGGGGGCAGUCUUCUCCUGGGCCCUGUGCAUGUCCUGGACCUGGACAAAGCUGGAUAUAUCAAACCACACAUCGACAGUGUCAAGUUCUGUGGCAGCACCAUAGCAGGACUGAGUUUGUUGUCAGACAGUGUGAUGCGCUUGGUGAGGGAGGAUGACCCUACUGAGUGGCUGAACUUGUUGUUGCCCCGUCGCUCUCUCUACAUAAUCAGGGAUCAGGCAAGAUAUAAGUUCACCCAUGAGAUCCUUAAAGAUGCAGAGUCUCUUUUCUCUGGACAGAGAGUCCCCCGCAAUCGCCGCAUAUCUGUCAUCUGUCGGAACCUUCCUGUUUGAAAAACGAGACAAGAUGCACCAGUAGCCAGAGCUUGGUAUUUGAUUAUGCAAAUAGCCCUGUGUCAUUUUGACAGGACCUGUCACACAGCUGACUGUAGGUGCAGGAGCCAAAGGAAUAAUAUUGAAAUUAGAAAACAAAUCUCUGCACACUCACAAUCAAUGCAGUUUUUUAUUUAUUUUGCUGGGUUUUCAGGUGGUCUGAUGACAGAAAGCUUAGCUAAUAGAAAAUACCAUUCAUCCUGAGUUUGCAGAGAUUUGUUUUCUAAUUCCAAGUGUUUUAAUGUAUGUACAUGCUUUUUCAUUGUGAUCUUACUCAGAAUAAAUGUCACUGUGGCUCACCAUGUAAAAUGCUGUUCAAAACUGUCAAUGCAUUAAAAGAAAUCAAUGUCAUGUUUUAUUCUAAUAAGUAAUUUAUAAUGUAUUACUACCUUUUAUUAAAACUGUUGCAUAGUAA